GUGUGUGUGUGUGUGUGGGGAGCAGCCAGCCCUGAGUCUGGAAUAUGGGGGAUGGAGGCGCUGGUGCAAUGGGAGGCAACGGGGCAAACAAGGCCCACGCGCUGUUCGACAACUUCGUCCAGGGGACCACGUGUAAGGGCACCCUCAAGGCCUUCCAGGAGCUCUGUGACCACCUGGAAGUCAAGCCCUGCGAGUACCGGGUCUUCUACCACAAGCUCAAGUCCAAACUCAACUACUGGAAGGCCAAGGCGCUCUGGGCGAAGUUAGACAAGCGGGCGAGCCAGAAGGAGUACAAGAAGGGCCGCGUCUGUGCCAACUCCAAGUGUCUGAUCAUUGGUGCGGGACCCUGCGGCUUACGUACAGCCAUCGAGCUCGGCUUCCUCGGGGCAAAAGUGGUGCUCCUGGAGAAGAGAGAUGCCUUCUCAAGGAACAAUGUGCUGCAUCUCUGGCCCUUCACCAUCCAGGACCUCAGGGGCCUCGGGGCGAAGAAAUUCUAUGGGAAGUUCUGCGCUGGGGCCAUUGAUCAUAUCAGUAUUCGUCAGCUUCAGUUGAUUCUGCUCAAAGUGGCUCUCCUGGUGGGCAUUGAGAUCCAUGUCAACGUGGAGUUCAAGGGUCUCAUCGAGCCCCCAGAAGAUCAAGAGACUGAAAGGAUAGGCUGGAGGGCUGAGGUCCACCCCAGGACACACCCUGUCAACGAGCUGGAGUUCAAUGUCAUCAUUGGAGCCGAUGGAAGGAGAAACACGCUGCCAGGCUUUCGGCGCAAGGAGUUCAGGGGGAAGCUUGCCAUCGCCAUCACCGCUAACUUCAUCAACAGGAACACGUCAGCGGAGGCAAAGGUUGAGGAGAUCAGCGGGGUGGCCUUCAUCUUCAACCAGAAGUUCUUUCAAGACCUCAGAGAAGCAACAGGUAUUGACCUGGAAAACAUUGUCUACUACAAGGAUGACACGCACUACUUUGUGAUGACUGCCAAAAAACAGAGCCUGUUGGAGAAAGGAGUCAUUCUGCAUGACUAUGCGGACACGGAGCUGCUGCUGUCCCGGGCCAACGUGGACCAGGCCGCCCUGCUGUCGUACGCCCGCGAGGCCGCAGAUUUCUCCACCAACCACCAGCUGCCCGCGCUGGACUUCGCCAUCAACCACUACGGGCAGCCCGACGUGGCCAUGUUCGACUUCACGUGCAUGUACGCCUCGGAGAACGCCGCUAUGGUGCGCCAACGCAACGGCCACGAACUGCUGGUGGCGCUGGUGGGCGAUAGCCUGUUGGAGCCCUUCUGGCCCAUGGGCACCGGCAUCGCUCGCGGCUUCCUGGCGGCCAUAGACUCCGGCUGGAUGGUGAGGAGCUGGGCUCAGGGAAAAACCUCUCUGGAGGUUCUAGCUGAGAGGGAGAGUAUAUACCGCCUGUUGCCCCAAACCACGCCAGAAAACGUCAGUAAGAACUUCAGCCAUUUCAGCGUGGACCCAACGACGCGUUACCCCAACAUUUGCCUUAACUUCCUCAAGCCUAGCCAGGUGAGGCACCUCUGCGACACAGGAGAGCCCAGGGAAAUGCGCAUUGAAAUUGAGAAUGUGAUCAACUCUUCAACCCCAAAGUUGGCCAGGAAUGAAUCCAUAGCUCGAUCCAGUAAGCUGCUGAACUGGUGCCAGAGACAAACGGAGGGGUACAGGAAUGUCAAUGUAACGGAUCUUACGAUGUCUUGGAAGAGCGGCCUGGCCCUGUGCGCCCUCAUCGACCGAUACCGACCGGACCUCAUUGAUUUCGACUCCCUGGACGAGCGAGACCAGGAGAAGAACAACCAGUUGGGCUUCGACGUGGCGGAGAGGGAAUUUGGCAUCUCGCCCUGCAUGACGGGCAAGGAGAUGUCUUCGGUGACGGAGCCGGACAAGCUCUCCAUGGUCAUGUACCUCAGCCAGUUCUAUGAGAUGUUUAAGGACACAGUGCCACCCGGAGAUAACCACAAUUUGAGCCCGGAGGAGAAGGCGGCACUGAUAUCCAGCACCAAAUCCCCCAUCUCAUUCCUCAGCAAACUUGGUCAAAGCAUAGCAAUAUCCAGGAAACGGAAUCCAAAGGACAAAAAGGAGAAGGACGUGGACGGUUUGGGGAAGAGGAGGAAAACCAGCCAGUCUGAAGAUGAGGAGGCGUCCAGGGCCGGCCGUGACGACAGGCCGUCUGUCCCGGCUCUCUUGUCAGAGAGAAAAACGGACUCCGGCGCCGCGGGGAACCACAACAAAGUCAAAGUGAUGGCCACCCAGCUGCUCGCCAAGUUUGAGGAGAACGCUCCUCAGGCAACGGGACUCAAACGACAGGGGGAAUCUCUGCCCAACCUGGAUCGCCUUUUUCCCCUUAGCCUGCCCCAAGCGCCUGUGAAUGAGCCAGCGCCUGUCCCGGCAUGGAGAAAGGCCAGACGUGACGCGGACCAACUGUCCAGCUCGGGCUCUCGCAGCUGCCCAAAGAAAACCAUUCUGCUCCCUUCUUCCUCCUCCACUUCUUCGCUGUGUCUUCACUCAGAGCACUUGCAUAAAUGUCCGGAGGAAGAGGAGCUCGAAUACUACGAGAUGCCUCUGAAAUACGGGGAGGGGAAGCCGCCGCACCCGACCGGGCCAAAACCCAUUCACAUCCCCGGUAUACAAGAGCGGGCCGACCGCCUGAUCUCCAGGUUUAAGGGGAAACCCGCUAAGCCGCCAAAGCCGAAGAAAAAGCCGUCCCAUUUCUUUUUAGAGCAGUGGCACUUGUCCCGGGACCUGACCCCUGGUUCACCACUGCCCUCUCCUGACCGCUCCACAAAGGAGCCAGCAAGGCCUCUGCACUCUGAUGAUGAAAUGCCCUUAUACGUGCUUAGUAUUCACGAGAGGGCUGAGCUACUGGCCUCUCAGCUUGAGGCCAAGCCAGCCGGAGCACAGCCUAAGAAAAAUCCCUCGCGUUUCUUUAUGGAACAAUGGCACCUUGCCCGAGCCCGGCCGCCCCCCGCCUCCCCCCCAUCCCGAUCAGACGCCCUGAGACAGCGCUAUGUGAGGAUGUACACGGGCGGGGUUGGCUCAUUGGCUGAGCAGAUAGCCGAUCAGCUCCAAUCUGAGGGAGACACUAAGACUUUCCCUGAGAAGAGGGAUUUGGGCUCCCUCAGGAAAGAGUUCCCCGUCAACGUUGGCGGCAGCGACGUGUGCUUCUUCUGCCGAAAGCGCGUGUACGUGAUGGAGCGGCUGAGCGCGGAGGGAAAGUUCUUCCAUCGCAGCUGCUUCAAGUGUGAAUACUGCAGCACCACCCUACGACUGUCCUCCUACGCGUUCGACGCAGAGGACGGGAAAUUUUACUGCAAGCCCCACUACUGCUACCGUCUGUCUGGCUACGCUCAGAGAAAGAGGCCUGCUCCCUCCCCCGGUCCGAUCACUGCUAAGGAGAACCAGGGGCCCCAAUCUCCUACGGCGACCGUGGAUGCCCCCGGGAGGGCGGCGGCGGCUGCAUCGCCCUCGCCGGCCGAGCUCCAGCCCUCAGCACCGGGGGUAAACGGACUGCAGGAGCCCGGCCUGGCCAAACGUCUGCGGGGAACCCCGGAGCGCAUCGAGUUGGAGAACUACCGCCUGUCCCUGCAGAGGGAGGAGGAGCUGGAGGAGGUGCCGGAGGAGACGCUGGCAGAACACAACCUCAGCAGCGUGCUGGACAAGCCCACGGAUGCCGACCUGGGCUCCAGUAGCUCGGAGUCGGACAUGGAGGAGGAGGACGAGCAGGAGGACCAGGAUCUGGAGGAGGAGGAGGAACAGCAGCCUCUCAGCCCUUCAGACCUCGGAGGUGUUCCCUGGAGGGAGGCCGUAGAGCUCCACGCCAAACUGAGGGGCGAGGAGGAGGAGGAGGAGGAGGAGGGGGAGGGGGAGGGGGUGGCGGAGGAGGCGGCGGAGGGGGGCGAGGCCCCGGCCGAUGCGCUCAGCAGAGACGGGGAAGAAGACGAUGAAGACUACGAGGAGGAAGAUGAGGACGAAGAUGACGAUGAGGAGUCUAGCGACGAGGGGGACUACUGCCCGUGGGAUAAAGAGCUCCAGUCUGGCCUUUGGCUGGAGAAGCACCUCACAGAUGAAGAGGAUGUUGGUACAUUCAAAGCCCGAAACCUGCAGAUCCAACAAAUCCUUCAGCCGGUGGAUCCGCUGGACAUUCCAGGUUUGGUGAGAACUCGCCUGGAGCAAGACGAGGCGGGCGGGCCGGCCUCGGCCUCCCAACUCUCCCAGCCCUCUGAGCUCACGCAGCCCCCCUCCACAGCGCCCGCCCACACAUCCGCCCGACACGAGGCAGUGAGGGUCUGGUUGGAGUCCAUGUCUGGAGAGCCCUGUGAGGAUGAAGAUCUGGAAGCAGAAGCCGGGGGUCCAGAUACGGACCCGGGAACAGAGAUGGAUCAGGAUGACAUCCCUUCAGAUGCGGAAGCUGAGGCUCGUUUGCACCAGCCACAGCGUGCCCAAGGGCUUCUCGAGGAUGACGGGAAAUCAGAAAGUCUUAAAAUGGCCUCAAGUAUUGAGCCACGCAGCGACAGCCCCAUGCAGAAAGAAGAGUUUUCUCUUUCCUGGCUCAAAUCUCCACAGCCUGAUUCACAGAUAAUGAAGUCUCCCAGCGCACGCUUUUUCCCAGAGCCGUUCAUACCCGAGGAAAGGCAGACCGAGAGGGCCACUCCUUCUCCUUCCCUCGCCGCCAAGAGCCCGCUGUGCCCGCCCCCUGCUCCAGUCCAGGAUCCUUCCUCUGUCCCCUCCCCUACUGUCCCCUCCCCUACUGUCCCCUCCCCUACUGCUGCCGCGCUCCCGGUCAACAUCCCUGCCUCACCGCCCCCAAGUUCACCGAUCCACCCUCCGGCCAUCGAGUCACCUCUCCGGACACCCGUCAGAUCGUCGGCCGAGUCCCCCGUCGGCUCCCCGAUCCGCUCCCAGCCCGCCCCCACACCGGAGACCUGCGCGCCCAAAUCGCCCGUCUACCCUCACCGCUCUAUUUGCCCUCUCACGGGCAACCCCCUGUCCCCGAUCUGUGCUCAGCCUUUGCCCUGCCAGGAACCCUCGUCCCCCCUCGCCUCCGACUCUCCCGUCAGAACUCAGCCCGUGCCUGCCGUCACCUCGACCCCCAUGACCAAAACAGACCGGCGCUCGCCUGAACCCUCAAGGUCGAUAGAUUCCUCCACGGAGGAGACGCUGUCUAAAAAGACUGAUAUCAUUGAGGAGUUUUGGAUGAAGAGCGCCGAGAUCAGGAAGAGCCUCGGUCUGACCCCUCUGGACCGCAGCAGUAAAAUCUUGGAGAAGGACUCCACCCCUGUCAAGGCUCCUGAUGCGCCGGAGGAACAGAAGCCUGCCUUUACAGGCCGAGCGGUCAUCCGUAGACUCAACAUCACCCUCGAGGGGCAGGUCAUCACCCCCAUUGCUCCCGCGGAGCCCCAGAGCAAUGGCUGCGACCAGAGGGACGUCAGCGGCGGCGGCUCCGGUCUGGGCCUGAACGGGAGCGCGGCCACGGGCCACGCGGCAAGCAGCGCGUCCGACUCCGCCAUGCUCACGCCGCCCUCCAGCCCGCCGCCCCCCGUGCCCGCCAACCAGUCUCCGGCCGUGUUCAGGCAGCAGAGAAAUCAGGUGUCCUGGAGCAACGGGACAGCAAAAGCUCCCCCCGAGCCGGCGAAGACCAAGAGUCCCGUUCCGGCGCCGAGGACCCACCCGAGCCCCGUGUCCGCACCCAAGCCGGCGCCCAGGAAGGCGUCCUCGCCGCCGGCGGAUCCACAAGCGCCUCCGGCGGUCGUCAUGAGGGAGAAGAAGAAGCAGCAGCCCCGUCCGCAUGAUGUGAGGAAGUCCUUCGUGGAGACGGUGGAGGAGAUUCCGUUUGCCGACGACGUGGAGGAGUCCUACGACGAGAGGACCCCAGAGACGAGCACGACCCGGUACUACACGCCCCCCACCAGCAGGCCCAGUCGGGACAGACCCCCCCUGCACCUGGCUCUGGCGAUGGAAAACGGUAAACCCAAUUUCCCCGUCAACCAAGCGCUCAAGAACCAGAGGGCAACUCAGUUCUCCCCGGAGGCCAAGGAGAUCGCAGAGGAGAGGAUGAAGGCCAGGGAGAAGUCUGUGAAGAGCCAGGCUUUGAAGGACGCCAUGGCCAAGCAGCUGAAUAAAAUGAAAGAGUCCGACGCGAACAAGGGGGCCUCCCCCAAAGUGGCGUGGAGCGUCGCCGCCGACGUCGCCGCCAAGAGCAAAAAGCCCGGCGCGUCGCCACAGCCCUCGGCCGUGAGAGCCCCGGAGUCGAGGAAGGCGGAGACGCUGCCCGAGCGCCUCUUCAGCGGCAACAAGAGCCUGGACAGCUCGGCCGCCUCGUCGGACGGCUCCUCCGCCGGCAAGAGCAAGAAGCGGAGCUCCCUCUUCUCGCCGCGCAAGAAUAAGAAGGAGAAGAAGGCCAAGAACGACGGCGGCAGGCUCUCCGACACGGACGAGACUCCGCCCAAGCACAAGUCCCUGUGGAAGGCGGUGUUCUCGGGGUACAAGAAGGACAAGAAGAACAAGAAGAAGAAGGAGGAUAAAUCUUGUCCGAGCACGCCGUCCUCAAGCUCCACCACUCAGGACUCUGGGAAGAAGAAAACGUCCCCCCCGGCGAGAUCAUCGGACCUGAAAUCACGCAGGAACUUGAGCUUCUCGGAGGAGUCGGACCUGUCCUGCGACGACGUUUUGGAGAGGUCCUCCCAGAAGUCAAAGGCAGACUCUGUUUAUGUCCCUCACGCACUGGCGUUCAAGAGAUCGUACGCCACAAAGAAAACCUACACCGAGGAAGAGCUAAAUGCCAAGCUGACAAGAAGGGUCCAGAAAGCUGCACGACGGCAAGCCAAGCAGGAGGAACUCAAGAGGCUGCACAGAGCCCAGAUCAUCCAGAGACAGCUGGAGCAGGUGGAGGAGAAGCAGAGGCAGCUGGAGGAGAGGGGCGUAGCUGUGGAGAAAGCCUUGAGAGGGGAAGCAGGAUUGUAUAAAGGUACUUAUACAUUACCCAAACAGCACAAAAGAAGAUCAGACUAUUGGGGAGAUUCUAAUUACAGUGAAAUCCUGGACUUGCAUCUGGGCGUUGAGCCCUUUGUGGGGAUGCCGCGCCGAAGACCCCUCUCCUUCUGCCCCUGCUGUUCCCCAGAAGGCAUGGGCAAGAAGGACGAUCCCAAGCUGAUGCAAGAGUGGUUCAAGCUGGUGCAGGAGAAAAAUGCCCUGGUCCGCUAUGAGUCGGAACUCAUGAUAUUUGCCAGAGAGCUGGAGCUGGAGGACCGACAGAGCCGACUGCAGCAGGAACUCAGGGAGCGAAUGGCUGUGGAAGACAACCUGAAGACGGAGAAGGAGCUCGGUCAGGAGAAGCAGAUCUUGAACGAGAUGUUGGAGGUGGUGGAGCAGCGCGAUGCACUGGUGGCCCUCCUGGAUGAGCAGAGGCUUCGGGAGAAGGAGGAGGACAAGGAUCUGGAGGGAGUUAUGCUCUCCAAAGGCUUCAACCUCAACUGGGUUUAGGAGGAGUGAAGUAAUUGCUCCUCGGGUCCUGGUGGUGUGGGGGGGCUCGUGAUCGAGGUUCUCUGCCGAACACCUGCAGCAGUCAAUGUGUAAAAGUUCCCUAACGCAGACACACAUGGACACUGCGAACCGCCUCUGGAAUCGACGCGGUCCGCUAUGUUUACACGAAGCGGUCCCAGUUAAUCACUUUGCAGUUUUGCUUUUCCUCCCAGGAGAGGCGAGCACAUUCACAGCUUUAUCAUCCCGGCCUUGAAGUGGAUCCCCUCAAACGAAGAGGGGCGGCGGGGGGGCUUUUGAAGAAUGUUUAAAGACUUGUUCCAUUCUCAAUUAUCUAAAGGGAAGAAUGCAGUUUGGUCCUGCUGAUGUAAAGGAAUUGUAAAGAAUUGUGUUUUUGUGUAUAGUUGUAUAGUACAAGUCACAUCUUCGUCGUAUGAGGGUCCGCUUUUUUCCGGGGUUAAAAGGACGGCUGCAGAGGUGGUGUUUUAAAUGCUGGAGUGAUGCCUCCAGGCCUCAGUCUGACUGGGACAAACAUCCUCUGCUGAAGCUGCCUUUCUAUCCAGUGACAAACUGACUUCUGCAUCCUUACGACACAACACGCAUUAACCCUUUGGGGAGUAAUAAGAGAAUAUCAUCAUCUUAUGAACCAUGAAUACACACAUGUUCUUCCACCUCACAGUUUUGUUUUUGCCACGCAACAGUUAAACUCUGUUUAAUAUGGCCAUGGUUUUCUAUGUAUUUAUUACCUUUUGUUUGCUUUUAACAGAUAAACAUUUUAGUUGUGUUCGCAUUCACAGGAGAGUGCCCUGAAUCGCACCCCCCUGCACUUGUGCAUGAUUAAGAAUCGCCCCAUAAGCCGUUGCAUGUCAGGAAUGAAGGCUGCAGGCACACAGAAUGACUUUACCGUGUCCUUUACAUCGAGGACAUAUAAUACGUAUAUGCUGCUUACACAUUUCAAAUGACUCGAUAAUGAUGGGUCCCUCCCUGACAUGCUGUUCACUGUAUAUCACACUGACAGCUGACGUUUACAACUAAUUGUCCAUAGUGGAGAUUGGAUAUUUAUGAUUCCUUCAAUGUUGAACUGUAGCGGCGUAAACCAACUGUUCAAUGGUUUUAUCUUUGAAGGAACUGUGUCCCCGAGUUCAGAUAUGUUCCCUACCGUGUGUCAACGUUGGAAUGUCAUGCACAUAGCCGAUGUCACUGUUAAUGGGAGAUCAGCAUAGGUCACGUUACUCAUUUCCACAGCCACAGGACUGUCUCUGCUGGUUAUAUAUUCACACUACACACCACUUUUAUCAUUAAAUAGCAGUGUUAAUACUUUAUCCUUGAACAAGUUGCCUUUUUGAUUUUCAUUCUUUAUAGUGAUGCUUUAUGUUAUUUUUCUGAAUUGACUUGUUUUUGAGGUAGUCACAUGUGUGUAUCCCACUGGAACUUGAGAUUUCUACUUAUCUUUUAUUUUUCAAAUACUUUUAUACAGCAGGUCCCCAAACAGAUGGAUGAUUUUAAAUGGGGCCGCUGAAGAAAAGCAAAGUGCUUUACGAGCAACUGGCAUCAAGCAGGAACAUUACGGUUCACCUGAUGCUUAUUCAGAUCUAACAGCCUUUUUCACAAAUGCAGGUGGUCACUGUUUUACAGCACAGAAACACUAGAGGCUAUAUUUAUGACUUGGUAUUACAUGUGAAUAAAACAAAGUGAUAUCAUUUUAUGGGUUGUUGCUUUAGAUGAUGUGUGACAAGUUUGACUCGAUUGUAUUGAUAUUUAUUAACGUGUGCAAACUGUAUCAUAUGUAAAGAAGAUGAAUCCUAAUUUUUAAACUGUUCUGUCGACUUAUGACUUGUAAUGUAAGUGCUUCAUGUAGCUAAAUGCAUAGGGGUGUUGGAUGUAUGCUGAAAAUGGCAAUAAAACAAUGCAGUUGUUCUUUUAAA